AUAAUUUGAUUUAAAUUUUUUAAUUUUCUAUUUUCUAAUUUUUUAAUUAAUUCUUCAAAAUUACAAAUAUUAUAAAAAUUAUUUCUAAGUUAAGUUUAACCAUCAAUCGAACAAUUUUAACAAAGUUUAACCAAAAACAUCUUGGAUAUAAAACUUUUGUUUAGCUCUUACCCAGCUGCUCGGCGAAAUGUUGGCCGAUUGGAGCGAGCCGAUCGGCGACCAAGAUCGGGAAACGAUGCUGAGGAACGCGAGAAUCGGUCGAGCUAUAUCGAUCGUCUGCUCCACCCUCACGUAUUUCAUGCUCUUCGCCUUCGUCUCCCUUCAGAUUUGGAGUAACGCGGAGAACGCGUCGGAAGCGGAUCUUGGGGGGUUGCUCCACCCUGCCACCUUCCCUUACGAGACGAGCAGAAGCCCCAAUUUCGAGAUCACCUGGCUGGGACAGUUGAUGGGCACCGUUCUAACCGCGAUAUGCUAUUCCUGCUUCGACACGUUCCUUGCGGUUCUCGUGUUACACUUGUGCGGCCAAUUAACCGUUCUUGGAACAGCUCUCGAGGACCUGGUCAACGCCACGAGGAGGAACGAUUAUAAAACGUUCGAGGAACGUCUCAGUUCCAUCGUGAACAGGCACAACCAUCUGUCGAGGUUUGCCGUGAUAGUGGAGGAUUGUUUCAACAUCACGUUGCUCGUUCAAACCUUAAUCUGCACGGCGAUGUUCUGCUUGACCGGAUAUCGCAUGAUAACCAGCACGGGUAUUGGCCGAUCGACGUACGAUUGCAAUUGGUACGAUUUACCAUCGAGGCACGCCGUUUUAUUAGUGAUCGUGAUACGCCGUGCAAACGUGUCGUUUCAAAUAACAGCUGGAAAAUUCAGCCCGUUCUCCCUUGAACUUUUCAACGCUUUGUCAAAUAUUUUACAAUUAGAUUUAAAGUAUUUGUAUGGAUGGAACUAUUACACGAUGAAGUUCAUCGGUAUUUGGCCAGAAGAGAGGAAAUGGAACCAAGCGUCGAAUUACCUCGUUCUGAUACCGUUCCUAAUGAUAUUUUGUUUCAUUUGCGCCCCACAAACCAUCAAUCUCUCGUUAAUUUCGAACGAUUUUAAUCUCGUGAUCGAGAAUCUGUCAAUGGGUAAUAUUACCAUCACGCUUUCCCUUCUAAAGACUAUCGCUUUUUGGAUCAAUGGUAAACCGUUGAAGUCUCUUCUAAAUUGUAUGACCAACGAUUGGAUCAAAGUUACAAGCAAAACUGAACAAGAGACAAUGGCGAGGAUCGCGAACAUCACUAGAAACACUAUAAUAAGAAGUACAAUGAUGUGUCACACCGUAGUCGCCUUUUACGUAUUUUUACGAUACAUUUCCAUGAAAUACAACGAAAACAAAUUGCUCUUCCGUGCAUAUUUCCCUUACGAUAUCACAGUAAGCCCGAAUUACGAGUUGACGAUACUCGGCCAAUUCGUGGCCGCCCUUUACGCGGCCACUUCGUAUACAGCCGUUGAUACUUUCGUGGCCAUGUUGAUUUUGCACGUGUGCGGACAACUGUCGGGUAUAAAAAAUGAGCUCAGCCGAUUACCGACCUAUGAUAAAAAAGAUUUGGAAACGAGAUUGAAAGAAAUCGUUCAGAGGCACGAGUAUGUUAACAGGUUCGCGGAAACGAUAGAAAAUUGUUUCAACGUGAUGCUUCUGAUUCAGGUACUGGGUUGUACCGUGCAAUUGUGCUUUCAAUGUUUCCAGGCUAUUAUGUCAUUUGGCAGUGGAGAAGCGCAAGAAUACUUGUAUUUCCAAUUAAUGUUCCUGCUUGUCUAUGUAUUUUACGUGAUGUUGCAAUUAUACUUGUAUUGUUACGUGGGCGAGAGACUUUCAGUCGAGAGCAUGGAAAUAGCUAACGCCGCGUAUAAUACCGAAUGGUACACUCUACCCCCAAAGAUCACAAGAAUGCUUAUAAUUGUCAUGUGCCGUGCCAAGUCACCGUUAACUAUAACAGCAGGCAGAUUUUGUUCCUUCACUCUGCAACUGUUCUCCGAGGUCUUGAAAACCUCGAUGCGUUAUCUUUCCGUUCUAUACGCGGUAAAAGAUAAAAUAAAACGUUGA